GGCGAGGAACAACACCACCACCACCGGAAUCAUGAGAGCGAGAGAGUUGGCGUCGCUGGUGGUCACGCUGUUAGCGGUGUGGCAGCCGUCAGCAGCACGACCCCAGCUCAGUGACAUAGCCCAUGAAUCUAUUUCGAGCGGUGUAGAGGGCACAGAUCUCAUCCUCGAUGGCACAUCAGCUGUAGACGUACGAGGAGGAGGAGUACCAGCUGUAGAUGUCCCAGUGAAUCCCCAGACAUUGUCGGUGGACAGGACUGGUCUUAUUGCGGGGUCACCUGAGGCUUCCAAAACUUUUAUUGUUUCAUCAUUGCAUAAGCCUCUUUUAAGUCAUGAAAAAUCUAGUAGUGGGGAAUCUUCGUCUGGUGGAGGAGGCUUCCUGAACCUGUUGUCAUCGCUCGUUAGUGGCAGCGCUGGAAGUGUAUCACAAGUAAAUAAGAACCCACUGAGUGCACUUGGGCUGGGGCAAGACACUCUCCAAUCAUUUGUUCAGUUAGCGUCUUCGUCUGCAGACGAUAUCGGUCGUGAAACUAAUUUUGGACUAAGGCUUCUAGGAGAUGAACUUGAAUUUCAGGGUCAACAAAGACUGAAACACGCUCUUAGAGGUGUCCAGCAAGCAGGUCGCACGGUCGGGGCUGUUGGACAAAACACGUACCGUGGUGUGUUGCAAACAAAAGAUUCUUUGGGCAACUUAGCAGCAGGAACAGUGCAGAACUUAGGAGAAUUCGCUGACGACUCAGUCACGGCGUCAUUUGAUAAGGUCUCUGAUACCCUCGGCGCAUUUGGACGCCUUCUUCAUGACCUGAAGACGGCAUUCCUCAAGAGAAUUAUUGCACAGGCUGAAGCUGGUAAAGAACUGGUGGAGAACCAAUCAAAGACGACUUCAGUAGCCGUCAAGGAGAUACUUGACGAUAAACGUGAUACUGCGAGAGAUAACAUUCGCGCCAUAACAGGAUUAAAAAAGGAAAUUAAAUCGAAGAGGAUAUAUGAGACUGGAAGGGGCAGGAGACACCCUGUGUGGAGACUUACAGGCGCACGACGUCCACCUCAAGCAAUGAGAGCGAGAGUGUUGGCAUCGGUGGUGGUGGCGCUGUUAGCGGUGUGGCAGCCGUCGGCAGCACGACCCCAGACCUCCCAACCCAGUGACAUCGCCCAUGUCCCCAUCUCGAGCGGUGUAGAGGGCCCAGAUCUCAUCCUCGAUGGCACACCAAUUGUAGACGUGCGAGUAGGAGGAGUACCAGCUGUAGAUGUCCCAGUGAAUCCCCAGACAUUGUCGGUGCACAAAAGGACUGGUCGUAGCGCCAUUCCAGGCUCUUCUGGAUUAUCUGCGGGAGACCCUGGUCCAAACUUCGGCCAGAAUUUACCUGCCUUAUCCGGUGGAGGAACAGGAUCUUCUGGAUUUACAGUACAAUCUGAUGCUGUCUUUGGAGCUGCAUCAAGCGGAUUUCCAGGUGGAUCUGGCAUUGGAUCAGGUGGAUUCGGCGGAGGAUCAAGUGAACUUACUGGUGCUGGCUUCGGGGCAGGAUCAGCUGGUUUCUCGGGAGAGUUUGGGGCCGGGAGUGCAGCGCCCUCAGCAGUUUUGUCUGAUGCUGGCACUGGAGGCGGUAUUUCUUUAGGGUCAGCUGUAUCAGGUAGUUCCGGCACUUUCGGUACGCAGGACAUUGACGUUCCUAUUUCUAGUCAAGGAAGCUUACGAGUUGAAGUCCCUUCACCGGGAGCUUCCGUAAAGGUAGAUGUUGAUUCUUUUGCUAAUCUUCCACAGAGUAGUGGAGAAGGUGCCCUAGGAAAGUUCGUCGGUAUUUUAAAACAAGGAGGAUCUAGUGGUAGUGGGCAGUCUUCGUCUGGUGGAGGAGGAAUCCUGAAUGUGUUGUCAUCGCUGCUUAGUGGCAGCGCUGGAAGUGUAACGCAAGUAAAUAAGAACCCACUGAGUGCACUUGGGCUGGGGCAGGACACUCUCCAAUCAUUUGUUCAGAUAGCCUCUUCGUCUGCCGACGACAUCGCUCGUGAAACCAAUUUUGGACUGAGGCUUCUUGGAGAUGAAGUUGAGUUUCAGGGUCAACAAAGACUAAAACAAGCUCUUAGAGGUGUCCAGCAAGCAGGUCGCACGGUCGGGGCUGUUGGACAAAAUACGUACCGUGGUGUGUUGCAGACAAAAGAUUCUUUGGGCAGCUUAGCAUCAGGAACAGUGCAGAACUUAGGAGAAUUUGCAGACGACUCAGUCACGGCGUCGUUUGACAAGGUCUCUGAUACUCUCGGCGCAUUUGGACGCCUUCUUCAUGACCUGAAGACGGCAUUCUUUAAAAAUAUUAUCGCACAUGCUGAAGCUGGACAAGAACUGGUGGAUAACCAGUCCAAGACGACUUCAGGAGCCGUCGAGGAGAUAAUUGACGAUAAACGUAAUAUUGCGAGAGACAACAUUCGCGCCAUAACAGGAUUAAAAAAGGAAAUUAAAUCGAAGAGAAUAUAAGUCCUUGUUAGACUAGUUUGAGCAACUCAAUAAAUAAUAUUUGAAUAAGCAAUACCGGACUUUACAGAAAUAGUAGGGACAGUUAGUCUGCAUUAGCGUGUCUGUUUCAAGACAUGUGUUACAGUAUUGAUUUUUUAAUCUAAGUGAAAAGAAACUAAUAUAUAGUUAGAACCUAUAAUAACUUGGUAGAAGAAACUACCGCUGGCGUGUUGGUCAGUGAUUGAGGGAAGGUAACCAGCUUUCAGUCUUGGCUCGUCCAUCCUCCACUCAAUACGAAAGAAGCAUUCGCCAAUUUUAACUUACCGCGUAUUCAAAGCUUAAAUUUUUUCACAUAUAGGAAACUAUUAUUAUUUCCUGGACUGUGUUGAAUAGCUAGACCAAACUUAGGCUAGGUUAGGCAAUUAUUGGUAUUUGCAGUACGUGGAUAAAGCGGUUUACAGACGUGUGAUUCAAGCUCGGGACGUGAACGAAGCAGUGCUCGAGAAAAACAGUUGUGUAAAGUGUUUGUUAUUCAUAAGAGGAGUUUGGUGGCUGAUGACAGCAUUUGGCGUUUGGACAGAUUGAGGAGGGGACUGCCAGCGGCUUUCAACGUCUAGUUCAAGACGCUUCUCACCAGCAGGAGGAGACCCCCAGCCACACUCUACACCUCUCACCAGCAGGAGGAGACCCCCAGCCACACUCUACAC